GCGCGCGGGACUGCGCGGAGGUUUACCUGACUCUGUGGCGGGGAAUACUUUCGAAAAAAGUUGUGUGGAAGUUUUUUAUACUUGUUGUUGUGUGGUGUUCUUGAUAAGUUCCACCAUGAAGUUCGAAGAUCCAACAGGCGAGUCGCUGCCGCCGCGACCGUCCAACCUAUCUAAAGUAUUCGACGUGGCCCGAGACACCGUCAUAUUCCUCGUCUUAUCCUGCUACUACAUUCUGGAGUCACUGUUCUUGACCCUGGUGCCUAACGCAAUUAGGCCCAUGAAGAGUUUAAAAGGAGAUGUGGUGGUAGUGACGGGAGGCGCGGGCGGUGUUGGCCGACAGUUGGCGCUGCAGUUGGCCAGACUUGGAGCCAAGGUUGUGGUCUGGGAUAUUAGCAGUGAAGGUCUGAAGAAGACCUGUGCCGAUGUGACGGACGAGGGCUAUGAGAUCGUCAGCUACGUGGUGGACCUGGGCGACCGAGACGCGGUGUAUGCUACAGCGGAACGAGUCAAGAACGAGGUGGGUAAAGUGGACAUGCUGAUCAACAACGCGGGCACGGUGUUCGGGCAGACGCUGCUGGAGCUCAGCGACGCCGCCAUCGAGACCACCUAUAAAGUCAACAUCCUCUCGCAUUACUGGACGGUGAAAGCAUUCCUCCCCGACAUGAUAUCGUCAGGCAAGGGCCACAUCGUGACGGUGGGGUCGGUGGCCGGUCUGCUAGGGACCUACCGCUGCACCGACUACAGCGGGACCAAGUUUGCGACCGUCGGCUUCCAUGAGGCUUUGUUUACUGAGCUUAGGGCGCACGGGCACUCUUCAAUCCACGCCACGCUAGUCUGCCCCUACUACAUCAACACGGGCAUGUUUGACGGCGUCACCCCGCGCCUCAUGCCCAUGCUGGAGCCGCAGUACGUGGCGGCCACGAUGAUCGAGUCGGUGAGGAAGAACGAGGUCAACUGCAUCAUGCCCGGCUCCGUGCGGUAUCUGCUGCCGCUUAAAUGCCUCCUACCAGCAAAAAUGUGCUGGGACCUGAUGCACCGAGUUAUGAAGGGGCCGCAGUCGAUGAUGGAGUUCAAGGGAAAGCGCAAGGUCGCUGGCGGAUAAAUUGUCUUCAUAUUAAUUUGCAUAUCAAAAUUAAAUUUUCGAGUGUGAAAAUGUAAUUGGUAAG